AUGGAUGGCAGUACCUGCAGCAGUUACCGUUCGGGCUCGGGCUCGGGCUGGGGCUGGAAUCGAAUAGCGUGGCGGAUGCGGGUGCACUCCGCCUUUAGGGCGGCGAUGGCAUGCGCCAUAGUGGCGGCAGUGGCGAUCUACGGCCCAAAACCAAUCGCAGACCAGAUUAAGUUUGCGGCCUUCUCGUAUCUAACGGCUGUGAUCAUCGUGCUGCCGGGGGCGACGCUUGGGGACACGUUGGGGGGCCUCUGGCACACGUUGAUCGCCACGGUGCAGGUGGUGCCGCUGUCGAUGCUGGGGCGGUGGGCGGUGACCGGGCGGGAGAUGGGCAUUGGCGGGGCGGCGGUGGCGGUGGCGAUCGCGGCGUUCCUGGUGGCGCUGCCGGAGUCGACCCACAUCACAGCCAAGAGGAUAGCGUUCGGGCAGAUCGUGAUCGUGUGUACGGACGCAGUGCAGAGCGGCCCCGAGCACCACACUCCUUACAUGCGCCCCGUGUACGUCGCCGCCAGCACAGCAUUGGGCGCCGUGGCUUCAACCUUGGCGUUGCUCAUACCGUAUCCCGACCUCACCUGUUACAAGAUGCAAAAACUAGGCCGUGUAUACGGCAACAAUGCUUCCCAGAGAAUGAAUUUGUACCUGAGGGCGUUAGGUGCUCGGGAGACUCGUACUAAGAGGGAGCUUCUAUCUCAAGCCAAGCCGUUGGCAGAAGCAGGAGCCAAGAUUCUACAGAGUGUAAGAAAUCUACAGGAAGGGAUGCAGUGGGAGAAACUAGCUUGGAGGCAAUAUUCCAAAGCAGAUUUGGCAGAUAAGUUGAAUGCCAUCGAUCUACAGCUGAGAGGAAUCGGUCAUUCCCUGGAUUCCACUUCUGAUUCGACUGUUGAAGUAAUCCAUCAAGAAAUGCUCUCCGACUUCCUAAAGAGUGUAUCAUCACAGGUUGAAAGGAAAAUAGAGCAGAUUAGAUGCUUUUCACCAUUUCAAUCAACAAAAGAAGUCGAAACAAGAAGGGUAGAAAAGCUGCAAUUACCGAGCGAGUUAUUCCAGCCAACAGCCAAACACGGUUGGGUCUUUUUUUACUUCUCCUGCAUAGAUAUGCUGCUGAAAGACGAUGCAGAUAAUUCUGGAGCCUCAACAGGACAACAGAAUCACAAUGGAAAGGCCAAGUCUAGCAUCGUUGCAGCACUUAAAGCUUCGGUUCUGAAAGUUCUCAGCAAGGAAAAGCUUGAAUUCGCCUUGAAAUGCUCGCUUUCUUUGGGCCUGGCAGUUCUGUUCGGUUUGAUAUUUGACAGACGGAAUUCACGCUGGGCAGGUCUCACAAUCGCCAUCAGCUUUGUCACUGGUAAGCAGGCGGUCUUUACGGUCGCAAACACACGAGCACAAGGGACAGCUAUCGGAUCAAUCUACGGUGUCAUAUGCUGCUUUCUGUUUCAUUAUGAAGUACUGAAGUUCUUGGCAAUUCUCCCCUGGGUCAUAUUCUCCAGUUUUCUCAGAUACAGCAAAAUGUUCGGCCAAAGCGGUGGAAUCUCUGCAGCCAUAGGAGCAUUAUUAAUCCUAGGCAGAAAGAAUUACGGGUCUCCAAAUGAAUUCGCCCUUGCCCGAGUGACAGAGGUUUUCAUCGGCCUGUCGGCGUUCCUUCUGGUCGAGCUUUGUGUGCAGCCAAUCCGAGCUGCAGAAUUAGCCAAGAAUCAUCUCUGCACAACACUAAACUCUCUUCUCAAUUGCACGAAAGAAACACGAGCUUGCCUAGCACAGAGCAACCAAACAGUUUCAAAAAUUAAUGAAUUGAGAGAGAAGCACAGAGACCUUCAUUACCAAGUCAAUGAACUAAAAAAAGUGAUUGCAGAUGCAGAGAACGAGCCUGAUUUUUGGUAUUCGCCUUUCCGGGUUUCUUCCUACCUGAAGUUGGCCGGAUCAUUAUCCAAAACAACAGAUUUAUUGUACUUUAUCAUACACAAUUUCGAACUACUUGCAGAACAAUCAAAGAGCAGCAACAUGAUCAAAGAGUUCUACCAACACAUAAAUGGGAAAUUGGAACUAUGCGAGGAAACGAUUACCUUGUCAUUGCAAUAUCUGCAGAAGGUCAAUUCGAUUGAAUCCAGUGAAGACUCCCAAGGAAAGCCGGAUCAGCUCAGGGACCUUGAGAUGGGGAAGGUACAAGAUCAUGAAAACCAAAGCAAUACAAUCGCAGAAAACAGUGCAGCAGCAAUAAACAACGAAGGGGACAGUGAGUGCGAUAAAGAACUUACAGAAAGAAUCAUCCAAUGUCUGAGUGCAGCAACAUUUUGCUUUAGUGCUUUCAUGAAAGAAAUUGAUGAGAUCGAGAUUAGCAUAAGAGAAUUGAAUUGAAGAAUCAAUCAUUCACAAACACUUAGUCGGUUAUGAAUGUAUAUGUAUGAGAGGAAUUUCUACAACAUCAAUCACUUAUGUAUAUGUAUGCCUACACAUUGCAAUAUAAAUCCAUCAAAUCAAACAGAUUCCAACUGCAUAUAUCAAAGAGUCGUUCAUAAUUGCAUUAUAUUAAUACAGACAGCUAUAAUCAAACUUUUCUCUGCAUAUAUAUGUGAAAUAUGCAAAAUCAUCAACUGCUUACAUAAUGCCAUAGAUAGAAGCACUUAUCAAUCAAGCUUAGCAUCUGUGAAUGUAACCAGCACCGUGUUCAAGAAUGGAGGCAAAAUUUCAAAAAGGUAACCAUGAAGAAUAACAACAUCACACUCUACAGACCAGAAGCAAUAAUCAAUCAAUGACAGAAAUUCCUCUCCCUGAUUGAGAAUAAUAUCUAAAAUUACUUCAUAAAUGAAACAGUGGAUGAAAUCUUACAUUGGCAACCAAAACGCAAGACAUGGAAUUCAAUGAAAUCGACGAAACCUUGAUGGAACCA